AUGUUUAGAAAUCUCAUUCUAACACUCUUUGUAUUAGCAUUGGUCAUUUCAAUGGCCUCAGCUGGUCGUCCAACUGCUUCCAACCAAAAAGCAACUGCUGGUCGUCGUCCUUCUUCUGCUGGUGCUUCUAGUUCCUCAAAUUCUGGAAAUGGUAAUGGUAGUGCUAAUGGAAGUUCAAGAAAUGUUGUUCCAAGAGUAGCCAAGGAAGCUAUUGGUCUUCCACCUCAACAAGAAUCUGAAUCAACUAAGAAACAAAGACCAAAAAGUGCAUCAGCUAAAAGUGCUGGUGGUGGUAAAUCAAAUCAAAGAGGUUCAAGUCGUGCCAAUAGUAAUGAGGAGGAUGAUCAAGGAUCUGCUCCUUCAUCUACUUCAAGUUCUUCUAGUAGUAGUAGUAGUAGUUCUGGAAGUAGCAGUGGAAGUAGUUCAAGACAAUCUGGAGGUAAUGCUAAUUCCAAUGCAGGAAAUCGUCCAAGUGAAAUGAUUCAACAACAAGGACCUCAAAAAAUUGGUAGAAGUUCUUCUUCACCUUCCUCUUCUGCUAGUCAAUCUGAACAAGGUGGAUCAGCAACAGGUAGUGAAUCAUCGGCUCCAAAUAAUACCAAAGCUAAAAGACAAGCAGCAAUUAAAAUCAGAGGUGCAAUGAGAAUGGCUGUCAGAGCUGAACGUAGAGAAGGAAGAGGAACUGAGCCAGGAAUUGUCCCAUCUGCAACUUCAGAUGCUUCAGAGCCAGGUAAUGUUCUCAAUUCUCCUCAAGAAGAAAUUGGACUAUUGAGAGACGAAAGAAGAAAGGUCAGAUUAAUUAAAAGAUUCGAUAGACAAUUGAGAAGAAAGAAGGGUUCUAAGGAAGAAAUUACUCCAAGUCAAUUGAGAAGAGAAAAGCACAGAUUGGCUCGUGAGGAAAAUAGAUUGAAAAGAGAAGAAGAAAGAGACGAAAGAGUUGGUGUUAAACCUGCAACAAUGGAAACUAUUAAGAGAAAGGCAAGAAGUGUUAUUGGAAAGAGAAAGAAUAAGGGAAAGAAAAAUACUGUUAAACAUAGAAAGGGAAAUAUUUAUGUCACUAUUCAUUUGAAAUAAACUUGUCAUUGUAAUAU